AUGUCAGCAGCGAAAGAGAAAGCGAAGGAAUCAUCCGAAGAGUCGGAGAAGGCCGUCGAGGUAGUUGACGAAAAGGCUGAUGCUGAUGACGAAGAAGAAGGGAUAACAACAAUAUCCAUUCACAAAUUAGUUGGUGUCUCUGGUAUAACUGAAGGCGAUGUGAAGAAGUUAGAAGAUGCAGGAUUUUACACGGUGCAAUCUGUUGCCUUCACACCCAAAAAACAAUUGAUCACCAUUAAAGGAAUUAGCGAGAACAAAGCAGACAAACUUCUUUUGGAGGCCACUAAAUUAGUACCAAUGGGGUUUGUUAAUGCAUCUGAUAUCAACACAAUACGAAAAGAGACAUUACGGAUUACUUCUGGCUCGAGAGAACUCGACAAAUUGCUUCAUGGAGGCUUUGAGACUGGAAGCAUUACAGAACUCUUUGGGGAGUUCAGAACAGGGAAAACACAACUGUGCCACCAACUCUGUGUCACAUCACAAUUGUCUAUUGAAGACGGUGGAACGGAAGGUCGAGCGAUGUACAUUGACACAGAAGGUACAUUUAGGCCGGAAAGACUGACACAAAUUGCAGAGCGGUAUAGUCUGAAUGCGGAAGAGGCUUUGAAUAAUGUUGUGGUGGCCAGAGCACACAACACCGAACAUCAGAUGUCUUUGUUACAAGCGGCGUCUGCGAUGAUGUCAAAAGACCGAUAUGGACUGAUCAUCAUUGACUCUGCAACUGCACUGUAUAGAACCGACUACAGCGGAAGAGGAGAAUUAGCCGCAAGACAAAUGCAUUUGGCCAAAUUUUUGAGAAGCUUACAGAGAAUGGCUGACGAGUUUUCUGUUGCUGUUGUGUUGACUAAUCAAGUGGUGGCACAAGUCGAUGGACAAGCCUCAAUGUUUGGAGGAGAUAACAAGAAACCGGUUGGUGGGAAUAUCAUUGCGCACGCAAGCACAACACGUCUGUACCUCAAAAAAGGCAAAGGAGAGUCGAGAAUCUGUAAGGUGUACGACAGUCCGUGCUUGCCGGAGUCAGAAGCUGCUUUUUCGAUUACGGACGGAGGGAUUGGAGAUGUUGAGGGCGAUUAA